AUGUACUACAACCAAUCUGGACCGUUGCUUCCAUUGCUCUGCAAUCCUUAUAACCAUGACCUCACCGAUCGUCCUUGCUCGCCUGGUGAGCUCGAUUUGAACAAUGCUACUCAAGCAUGGGGCACUUUUGUGUGCCAAGUAAACCCAAACGGGACUUGCUUAACGACAGGGAGGCUCACGCCUGCGCUGUACGGUCAGAUGGCAUCAUGUGUGAACAUCAGCACAGGGUUGAUCAGAGACGCGCCAUUUCUCGUUCAGCUCCAGGACUGUUCAUAUGCAAAGCAGACCUUUAGAGACAUAACCAAUGACCAUUGUCCAGGACUCAGGCGUUAUGGCUAUUGGGUCUAUGUUGGUCUGGCCAUAUUGGCUACGGCUGUGAUGCUCUCACUUCUGUUCUGGAUCAUCUACAGUAGAGAGAGACAGCACCGGAAGCAAGCACUACCGGAAUUUGCAGAAACUAAGGAGAUUGUAAGAGUUAGCUUUUGA